UAACAGCCACCACUAGGUAAAACUCUCAAAUCAAAAAUCCCAAAAUCCUCCACUCCACUGCUUCACUAAUUCACUUUCCAUUAUCCUCUAAAUAGCUUUCAUUCCCUUUCUCAUUUUCUGCUCCAUAUUCAAGGUAAGCCUUUUAAAAACUCAAUCUUGAUAACACCCACCAACCCCUUUUAGCUAAAUUUUUACUUAGUUUUCAUAUAAAUUUGGAAUAGCCCUUUAAAAAUCUAAUCUUGAUAAUCCCCCACCAACCCCUUUUAGCUAAAUUGUGACUAUUUUCUAAUAAAGUUUGAAUCUUAAUGAAUUAAUGCUGAAGUUAUUAGCUUUUAUUGAGGCCACUUUGAUUCAUGGCCUCUUUGAAAUUGUCUUUUUAUGUGGAUAAGUCAUGGGAAUCCAAGAAACUUAAAUUUAAUGUGAAAGCUUUGAACUUUACUGAUUCUAAGUGUUUGGUUCCUUCAUUUUUGGGCUAUGGAUAUGUUGGUGGUGCAUUUGUUGUUAACCCCUUUUGUAAUUUGAAGCACAUUAGAGUUUCAAGAUUAGAAACUGAGGAAUUAGAGACUUCUGAGUUGAGUUUAUUAGAUGGUGAAAGGGUUGAUAAUUUUGAAGGUGAUUUAGGAAAUGAGAGUUUGGUUUCUGAAAGAUUAAAUCUUGGUGGGGUUUCUCAGAAAGGGAAGUUUAAUGUUUGGAAGAGAUUUAGGAGGGUCAAGAGGGUAGUGAACAACUCGAAAUAUAGGUCUAGUUUCAGAGAGAAAGAUAGGAAUCAUGGAAUGCAAGAAAAAACCAAGAUUGUGUUUGAUGAAAUUAGCGAGGAGAAUGUGAUAGGUAGCCUAAAUGGGGUUGAUUUUGAUGUUGGGAAUAUCGGGUCUGACUCGAGUUUGGAACACUGCAAUGCGAUAUUGAAACAACUCGAAAGUGGUGACGAUGGGAAAGCGUUGAGUUUUUUCCGAUGGAUGCAGAAAAAUGGGAAAUUAAAGCAAAAUGUUACUGCCUAUAAUUUGAUACUCCGUGUCUUGGGGAGAAGAGGGGACUGGGAUGGUGCAGAGGCGAUGAUUAAGGAAAUGAGUCUGGAGUCGGGUUGUGAGCUUACGUAUCAGGUUUUCAAUACCCUUAUUUAUGCUUGCCAUAAGAAAGGGCUUGUGGAGUUGGGUGCUAAGUGGUUCCACAUGAUGUUGGAGAACAGAAUUCAGCCAAAUAUUGCGACUUUCGGAAUGCUAAUGGCUCUCUAUCAGAAAGGUUGGAAUGUUGAGGAAGCAGAAUUUACAUUUUCAAAGAUGAGGAGUCUCAAAAUUAUGUGCCAAUCUGCAUAUUCAGCUAUGUUGACUAUAUAUACGCGAAUGAGAUUGUAUGAUAAAGCAGAAAAAAUCAUUGGCUUUUUGCGGGAAGAUGAAGUAAUUCUGAAUCAGGAAAAUUGGUUGGUUCUGCUCAAUGCUUAUUGUCAACAAGGCAAGUUAGCUGAGGCUGAGCAGGUCUUAGCUUCAAUGAAGCAAUCUGGUUUUUCGCCAAAUAUAGUUGCGUACAACACAUUGAUCACUGGAUACGGGAAGAUUUCCAACAUGCGUGCUGCACAACGCUUGUUUAGUGACCUUGAAAGAGUUGGAAUGGAGCCUGAUGAAACAACUUAUAGGUCUAUGAUUGAAGGGUGGGGCCGUGCAGACAAUUAUGAGGAGGCAAGGAGAUACUAUGUGGAACUGAAAAGACUUGGACACAAACCAAACUCGUCUAAUUUGUACACGAUGCUGAAUUUACAAGUCAAGCAUGGAGAUGAAGAGGAUGUUGUUAGUACUGUUGAGGAAAUGAUGCACUCUGGCAGCGAAAAGUCAACCGUCCUUGGCAUUCUUUUGCAAGCAUACGAGAAGCUUGAAUGCGUUCACAAAGUUCCUUCAAUUUUGAGAGGUUCUUUAUAUGAUCAUGUUUUGAGAAACCAGAUAUCUUGUUCGAGUCUGGUAAUGGCUUAUGUGGAAAACAGCAUGAUAGAUGAUGCAUUGAAAGUAUUACGGGAAAAGCGGUGGGAGGAUGCUUUAUUUGAGGACAACUUGUACCAUUUAUUAAUUUGCUCGUGCAAAGAUUUGGGCUAUCCAGAGAAUGCUGUGAAAGUGUUCGCUUGUAUGCCGAAAUCUUAUAAGCCGAACUUACACAUAAUAUGCACUAUGAUAGACAUUUACAGUACAAUCAAUGAUUUUGCUGAAGCUGAAAAGCUUUAUCUAAUGUUGAAGAAUUCAGAUGUUAAACUGGACAUGAUAACUUUAAGUGUUGUGGUAAGAAUGUAUGUGAAAUCUGGAGCUUUAGAAGAAGCCUGCUCUGUGUUGGAUGCAAUGGAGAAACAAAAGAAUAUUGUUCCAGACACAUAUUUGCUCCGUGAUAUGCUCCGGAUCUACCAGCGAUGUGACAAGCAGGACAAAUUGGCGGAUCUUUACUACAAACUUGUGAAAAGAGGAGUCAUAUGGGAUCAGGAAAUGUACAGCUGUGUCAUAAACUGUUGCGCCCGUGCAUUGCCAGUUGAUGAGCUUUCGAGGCUGUUUGACGAGAUGCUUAAACAUGGAUUUUUACCCAAUACAGUCACCUUCAAUGUUAUGCUUGACGUUUAUGGAAAGUCCAGGCUCUUCAAAAGGGCAAGGGAAGUCUUCUCAAUGGCUAAAAAGCGUGGGUUGGCUGAUGUUAUCUCUUACAACACUCUCAUAGCUGCAUAUGGGAGAAGCAAAGACUUCAAGAAUAUGUCGUCAACAGUCAAGAAAAUGCAUUUCAAUGGGUUUUCGGUUUCUCUUGAAGCUUACAAUUGUAUGUUGGAUGCCUAUGGGAAAGAAGGACAAAUGGAGAAAUUCCGUAGUAUCUUGCAAAGAUUGAAGGAAUCUGGUCAUUCUUCUGAUCAUUACACCUACAAUAUUAUGAUAAACAUUUAUGGUGAGCUCGGGUGGAUUGAAGAAGUUGCAAAUGUACUGACUGAAUUGAAAGAAUCAGGAAUUGGACCUGAUUUGUGCAGCUAUAACACACUAAUAAAGGCAUACGGAAUUGCUGGUAUGGUUGAAAGUGCAGCAGAUUUGGUUAAGGAAAUGCGCAAAAAUGGAAUUGAACCUGAUCGAGUAACCUACGCUAACCUAAUCAAUGCAUUACGGAAAAAUGAUAUGUUUCUGGAGGCUGUUAAGUGGUCUUUAUGGAUGAAGCAGAUUGGAUUGUAAGAUCUAAUCUGAAAAUGCUGCUGUUAUUCAUUGUGGCUCACCUCAUCUCCGGUUUAAAGGUCAGGCCUUGCAUUCUUCUUGUAUAGUUGACACCAUAGUUUCCGGCAAAUGUUUUACUGAGUAGGCUUGAGGACCGAUGAUGCUGGCCUCGCAUGUUACUGCAGGUCCGCGGAAGACCACAGAUAUGCAGUUGUCUGCUUGCGCACAAUUUGUGUAACGUAAUUUAAAGACAACUGUGUAUUGAUUGUCCCAUAAUACACCGGUUAGUGUAUAGUUGUAACUGUUUCAAGAUGGAAAAUAGCUUACUGUGAUUGUUUAGUUGAUCAUCUAUAUCUCCAGGAAGUCAUAUCUUUGCUGUAAUAAGUCAAAAUGGUAAAGGCUCUAAACCUUUUAGAGUGUAUUAGCUGCUAUAUAACUGAGCCAUUUUUGGUAUAGUUUCAAUAAAAUUCUCUGCCAUUUUGUUAUC